UGCAAGCCGCCGUGGAAAGUGAAGAAGCUUAUGAGCAAGAAAGUGGAGAAGAUCCUCUCUUAUGUGAGCAUGACCCAAGUCCCUCACUUGUGGUCACAAGGGUGCUAACCACACAACCUCAUGCUAUGGAAGACCAACGGUGCAACAUCUUCCAAACCCGUGCCGGAAUUGGUGGCAAGUCGAUCAAGGUCAUCAUAGAUGGUGGAAGUUGCCAUAACCUUGCAAGCACCGAGUUGUGUGAGAAGCUCCACCUUACUCUCCGCAAGCAUCCUCACCCCUACCAUAUCCAAUGGUUGAGUGACAAGGGCAACGUCAAGAUACAACAUACCGUCACCGUCAACUUCAAGAUCGGCCCUUAUGAGGACACCAUCGAGUGUGACGUGGUACCCAUGACGGUGUGCCACAUGUUGCUUGGCCGCCCUUGGCAAUAUGACAAGAAGGCUAUACAUGAUGGACUCUCCAACACAUACACCUUCAAGGUCAACGACAAGAAGUUCGAGUUGCGCCCGAUGACUCCUAGCCAAAUCAUCGCGGACAAUGCGAAGGCUUUAGCGAGGGCACAACUCCACACCCACCAUAGUGAGAUGAGAGGAGAGGGAGCGACCCACCACAAAGAGAGUGAGCGCCACAAGCCAUAUAUGAGUGAGUCCAAGAGUGUCCUUCUAGCCACCAAGAGUGAGUGGAGAGAGCUCCAAGAAAACCCAUCCACCAUAUUGCACUAUGUGCUCAAUUCCUCC